AACUUGGCAUGCGCCUUCAAAAUAAAAUGCAUUGAAUCUAAAUGUUUGACAUAAACCGAAAAAAUGUAACCAGCAAAACAACCAAACUAGCCGUGAUUAAUCUCACAAGUUCCCGGUAUAUUAAACGUCCAUUUGUAGUAUAAGUCGAGAAAGCAGCACUAACAAUUAAGGUAGCACUGCCACGCGUGUCCCUGCUUUAGUUGGCUAUCCCGCUAAAGCUAACCGGAUAUGAUACGUGUAGCGCUAGUGACCUUGUGUCUAACUUGACAGUUGCAAUCUUGUCGAUAAGGAAGUUUAUCUGCAGGUUUCUGGAUCAAAUCCCAACUUAGGGGUAUGUUCGCCACCUCAUCAGCUAUUGUGUCAUUGACGUUUACUUCUUGAGCUGAAGGAGCUGAACCACAGAGGAGCUGGAUACCUGCUGACAGUGUGUGUGGAGGAUGUCUUCACCCAUAUACUACAACCAAGACAGUGUUGCCCGAUUCAAGAAAAGAAAAGCCCGUUUCACUUUCAGUGAAGUUCACAUACUGUUGGAUGAAGUGAGGAAGCAUCGAAUGGUUGUUGUGGGCAAAUUCAACCGUGGUGUCCCAACGGACAUGAAAAAGCGCACAUGGGCCGAGAUUACAGCACGCGUCAAUGAGAUUGGGGAGUGCCAACGCGAGGUCAUAGAAGUCAUCAAGAAGUGGUCCGACCUGAAGUGUGACACUAAGCGCAAAGUGGCGGCCAUGCGGUCGGGGACAGUGCCCAACAGAGGCCUCAACUCACGCCUUUCCAAAGACCUUAAUCCAACAGAGAAAAUAGUGCUCCAGAUCCUGGAGAUGGGUGAGGAAGAUCAGAGCUCUGGUGACUUUGGCCCACUGGGGGAUGACGACGACGUACCGGACGAGGAAGAAGAAAUGGAAGAGGAGGAUAUGAUUGGAAUGCAAAGCUCCCCAAACGGCGGCUUGGAUAUGUCGUCGAUGCCUCCACCACCUCCCUACAACAUGAACGUACUUGCGCAGUCAGGUGACUCGUCGCAGCCUGCCUUCGAUGUGCAAUAUGAAGUACCUCCAGCAGAAGACACUGAAACUGCGUUUGGAGACUCAGACUCAGACCAAAGGGAUGACGUGCUUCCUUCAACUCAGGCAGCAAAACCAACAGAGGAUCACCAAGUCAACAACGGCAUCCAGAAACAAGGACAACCUCAGACGUCCUCUGGACCUUCAGCACCAACAGCCGCACUUCCACUGCCGGGUCAGCCCCCGCAGAACACAAGGGACAGCAUGCUGCACAAUGCAUCGUUGAGCCUGCAGGAACAGCACGCCACCAACAUCCUGCUGGAGACCGUUUCGCGCUCCCUGGAGCUCCUCUCCGAGUCCGUGCAGCAGCUGGCGGAGACUCAGCAAGAGUUUGUGCGCGAGUCGCUGCAGCUCCAGCGGGAGACGGUGCAGGUUCUCAGAGACUUCACGGGCGGCGCCAUCGCUCUCAUGCACGACAAAUUAAAUGGACGGCCAGCGUUAUAACAACAGUGUCGGACGGAGAUGUUUCUAAGUUGUAUCACUGACUUCAAACAUGACCAUCGGGUGCAGGAACCUCCAAGUUCCUGGGACUUUACCUGUGGUUAAUGUUAUUUUGAUAAUACUGAACAGAUAUUCUGUGGUUUUAUUUUAAAACUGUACUGGUAGAAAUAUUGUAUUGAUGGAAUUGCUGUCUGUGUGGUUACAUGAAAAUGGUUUGAGAAAAUAACCAAUAUUAGCCAUAAAGAAAGAGCAGAGUUUUUUUUUCUACUGAAAGUGACUUCUACUUGCAUUUUUUUAUUAAGCAACACCACAUUUAAAGCCUUUACAGUCUUUUAAUGUUGACAUGCAACGAAUGAGUCUUUUAAAUCUGUGUGUGUGUGUGUGUGUGUGUGUGUGUGUGUGUGCGCGCGCGCACGCGUGUGUGUGUGUGUCCUUUUGUUGUAGAUUUCCUUUGCAUCUGGAGAUUAUCACAUGUACUGUAAUGGUGAGCGGAUGCGUGCACCUGACCAUUAUAUGGUCCUUAUGUCCAAGAGCGAAACAAGGGGUGUUAGAUUACUUUGCCUGUAGGUGAAUAAUUUGUGAUUGUCUGAUUUUGUUUCGUUCCAAUAUAAACAUCAACACUUGAAUAUGAAAGUUUCGGCAAGUUACUUUGAAUUUGAAAUAAACCCUUCAUAUAUUUA